AUGUCAGGACCACCCGCUCCUGCACCAUCGGCGGCUUCCAAGGCCAAGUCGAAGAAGAGGAAGGCACAGGACGACUCACAGCCGGCCAGUGCCAAGAAACAAAAAGCCAGCAAGUAUGAGGAGGACGAGGGCCUGCUCGACCUCGAGGCAGGAGUGAACACGGCCUUUGUCAGGAUGGACCCCCAGCUCCUUGCAGACCACGUCGCUAGGCAGACGAAGCGGUUCGGGUCGGAUCUGAGCUCAGUGGAGCUGAGCGACCUGUACAUCAGCGCGAACGCCGUCAGGGACACGACUGACUUCACCAAGGUGAGAGUCAAGGAGAACCUGCCGGACUUCCUGGAAGAAUUUGUAGUAGCGCCGGAAGAGAAGGACGAGGAGGCCAAGGAGAAGGAGAGGAAGAGGCUCGGGAACGCGCCGCCCAAGGUGGGGGCACCUCACACGAUCAUCGUGACGGGGGCUGGGCUGAGGGCUGCCGAUCUGGUUCGGGCGACGAGGAAGUUCCAGAAGAAGGGGAACGUGGUUUCGAAAUUGUUUGCCAAACACUUCAAGGUCGAGGAACAGGUCCAGUUCCUCAAAAAGAGCAAGACGGGAAUCGCGGUAGGGACUCCUGCCCGCUUGGAGGCCCUGCUCGACAAUGGCGCGCUCUCAAUCGAGUACCUGAAGCGCAUCGUGGUUGACGCUUCCCAUAUCGACCAGAAGAAGAGGGGCAUCAUGGACAUGAAGGACACCAUGAUGCCUCUUGCCCGGUGGUUGACGAGGCAGGAGUUGAAGGAGAGGUAUGCGGCUGAGGAGAAGCCUUUGGAUCUCCUCUUCUUUUGA